AUGGAACUGAUAGAAGUUGUUGGAUUGAUGAAGACAGUCACACACUUUGGACCUUGCUAUGAAAGCUUAGUAAAGGAGUUUGUGGUGACUAUCCCUGAUGGAUGUGAUGACCUAAAGAGUGAUGACUAUGGAAAGGUAUAUGUGAGAGGAAAUAUUAUAACAUUCUCCCCAGCUAUGAUCAAGAAAUUCCUAGGAAGACCAGAUGAACCUCACGCUGAGCUGGAAGUUACUGAUGAUCAGGUGUCCACUAAUCAUACCUCAAUAAUCUCUAUUGGUCUUGGUAAAUUUAUGUAUGGUAUUCGUACAAAAAUAGUGUUUGACUUUGGAAAAUACAUCUUUGAACAAGUGUUGAAACAAGCCUUCUCUACUGCUGUAAAAAUGCCCAUUUGUUUUGCAUCCCUCAUCUGUGGAAUCAUCCUAAAUCAACAUCCUGGUAUUUUUCUCCCCAUUGAUAGUGUGAAGAAAAGGAAUUCUCCCUUAUCACUCCACUACAAACUCUUUGCAGGAACUCAUGUCCCAGACAAUGUUAUGACAUCAUCUCAGGCACCUGGCCCUGCCACCUCCAAGAAGAGUGUCAUUGCUCAGCUAAAGGAAACUUGUAAAGAGCUGGAGGAUUCCAUCAGAACUAGCACUGCAACAAAGAUUAAACUAGAGACAUUGAUGAAGGCUAUGAUGGAAGAAGAAAAGAAGGAAGUUGUACAGGGUGGUGAUGGUAAUGAAGAAAGUGGUGAUGAAGACUAUGUUGGUGAGGAUGAUGAUGAUGAAGAGAAAGAAGAUGAAGGAGAAGAGUAUGCAACAGCUGACUUAGAUAGUCGGGAAGAUAUAUGA